UAAAGUAUCCAAACGCCUAGCAUACGUUUCGAUAUUGAUGGCCAACCGUCUGGUCUCUUCCUCUAAGUUUCUGAAUCUCCGCUGCUUCGUCAGAACUCUCCACUCAUCUCCCUCUUCGAUUACCGACGUGUCUCCGCUCAAUUUAGCGGAGAAACCGGAGGAAACUACUCUUCUUUCGCCAACCUUUGCGACCGGCGCCACCUCUUCCACCUCCACAAUCGACCUCCACGAUGUCAAGGGUCUGUUUUCAUCCAUGUCCACGGCCAAGUUGCUGCGCUCCUCCGUCAACCUUCACCUGGCGACCUUGGAGCCCAUGGUGGAUGUGGGGAUGUGGGUGAUGAAGUCCAGAGUUUUGGAGACUGCUGUUUUACGUGAGAUUGUGUUGGGGACGAUACGGCAUACGUUUUACGAGCACUUUUGUGCGGGGCAGGAUGUGGAGGAGGCUUGCUGGACUGCGAGGACGAUUUGGAAUAGUGCUGGGUUGAGAGGGAUGUUGGUUUAUGCUCUGGAGCAUACCACCGAUAACGCCACCUCCGAUCGGAAUUUGGAGGGGUUUAUCCGGACCGUUGAAGGCGCCAAACCCCUUCCACCUUCUUCUGUGAGUUUUGUGAUAGCAAAGAUAACUGCAAUUUGCUCAAUCGAUCUGCUCAAGCGGGUAAGCGAUUUACUGAGAUGGCAACACAGGGACCCUUCUUUCCAUCUUCCAUGGAGGCAGAACUGCUUUCCGAUUUUUGCUGAUUCCAGCCCCUUUUAUCACACCCUUGAAAGGCCAGACCCUUUAACCCCUCAAGAAGAGAAGGAUCUCCAACUAGCCCUCCAGAGACUCUUCAAACUCUGCCAGAAGUGCGUGGAAGCAAACUUGCCUUUAUCGGUUGAUGCAGAGUAUACAUCAGUGCAGCCUGCCAUUGAUUACUUGACAUACUCUGCUGCCAUUCAAUACAACAAAGAUAAGAACAACCCCAUAGUUUAUGGCACAAUUCAAGCUUAUUUGAAAGACGCAAAGGAAAGAUUGCUUCUGGCAGUGCAGGCUGCAGACAAAAUGGGAGUUCCCAUUGGGUUCAAAUUGGUGAGAGGAGCCUAUAUAUCCUCUGAAACUCAACUGGCUUCUUCCUUGGGCUAUGAUUCUCCCGUUCACAAUAGCAUUGAGGAGACUCAUGCUUGCUUCAAUGGUUGUGCUUCUUUCUUGCUCGAAAGGAUCGCUGGUGGCUCAGGUGCUGUUGUUUUGGCGACCCACAACCUUGAAUCAGGGAAAUUGCUAGCCACAAAAGCGCGAGACUUGGGAAUUUCGAAGGAAGACCACAAGGUCCAAUUUGCUCAGCUAUAUGGAAUGUCAGAGUCACUUUCAUUUGGUUUGAGAAAUGCAGGGUUUCAGGUUAGCAAGUACAUGGCAUUUGGGCCUGUAGAGAAGGUGAUGCCGUAUCUCCUUAGGAGAGCUGAAGAGAACAGAGGACUCUUAUCUGCUUCAACUCUUGACAGACACCUCAUGAGAAAGGAGCUGAAGAGAAGGAUAAAAGCUGCAGUCCUUGGAGGUGAUUCCUAGAAAUGAUGAAAGCAGUCACCUAGCUCAUGAUGAUCCUCCAUCAAUAUCUGUUCGUAUAUAAUAAAAAAAUUUAUCAGUGCUUGUAUACGGGACUCUGAUGUAAGAUCCAUUUCAAUAUAUUGAUGUCUAUAUUUCUAAUGACGUUGA